ACGAAUCUUCCUCUUCAAAAGAAUCAGUCAAAUAUUAAUUGUCUAUAAAUAUAUGCUCAAAUCUAAUCCAGACGCAGAAAUUAAGAGAGAGAGAGAGAGAGAAAAUGGCAGAAUUGUUCGUGAAGCAGGCAAAGGAGUAUUCAGAGAGUAGACCAACUUACCCUCAACAAUUAUUCGAUUUCAUCGCUUCUAAAACCCCUUCCCACAAUCUUGCCUGGGAUGUUGGAACCGGCACCGGCCAAGCCGCCCUUUCUUUGGCUGCGAUUUACGACAAUGUAAUCGCCACCGACACGAGCCCAGCGCAGCUCGAACUGGCGGCGCCGCACCCGAACAUAACCUACCGCUGCACCACCGCGGCCGUCACCAUGGACGAGCUCCACACGAAGGUGGGCUCGCAGUCCACCUUUGAUCUUGUGGCGGUCGCGCAAGCCAUGCACUGGUUCGACCGCCCGGCCUUCUACGACCGGGCCAAGUGGCUCCUCAAGAAACCCGGCGGCGUCCUCGCGGCCUGGUGCUACACCACCCCCGAGGUGGACGCCGCCGUCGACGCUGUCUUCCACCGGUUCUACACGGUGGAUUCCCGUCCGUAUUGGGACUCCGCCCGGGGGCUGGUGGACCGGAAGUAUGAGACGGUCGAGUUCCCGUUUGAACCGGUGGAUGGGCUCGAGGACACUGGGCCGGUCCGGUUCAACGCGGAGAAAGAGAUGGAUUUGGAGGGCUUUUUCACGUAUCUGAGGUCUUGGUCGGCGUACCAGACAGCGAAGGAAAAGGGGGUGGAGCUGCUCACCGGUGAGGUGAUCGACCGGUUCACUGCGGCCUGGUCCAGAGAUGGCGUGACCCAGAAAACCGUAGUUUUCCCGGUCUACCUCAGGGUAGGGAAGGUCGGUUCAUCAUGAUUCAACAAACCCCAAAUUUGGUUUAUUUUAGUAUUUGGUUUUUGAUGAAUAAAAAUGUUGUGUGAUUAACAUAAAAUUAAAUUAAUGAAAUUGGUGUCUCGUUUCUGGAAA